CCUGGCAUGGAUGAUCUUGGGGGGGACCCCCUCGAGGAAAUGCACGAAUGGAUAUUGCAGCCAUUUCUGCCCAUUUUCCGCAAGCUUGCUCCGCUCGACCAAGGCCGGAAGUACACUCUUGAGGAUUAUCUGUAUGCGGAAGAGUUUCACUACACGGUGGAAGUGGUGGAAGAGACCCUAGUGCCUGUUUACCUCGGUCACUCAAAGCGCACGAAGUUGCUGUUUUUUGGAGCAUGUUUGCCCUCUAUUACCUAUUUUGAUUAUUCGAUGUUCCCCGUCUACCAUCCGAGCGAAAUUCAGGUUUCGAUCGAUGCAGAUUCGACUUCUUUGCCCGGGUUCCCCCAGAAGGUCUUUAUCCACGGGCGAUCAAAACCCAGCUUUCUCAAGAUAAUCUUUGCGGGUGGUGCGAGAGUGGCACUGAAAGAGCUUAUGGCAUAUUCCAAGAUUUAUAUAGCUAACUUCGACGCCACAGUUCUCACGUCUCGACUUGAUGGCUUGGUCCACGAUGACGAGGGAACCACUAUAGGACUCCUUUUAUCAUACAUUAACCGUCCUGGAUUUACACUUGAAUUCAAUGGUGGACAUCAUCCCAAGUAUUCUGAAUCCCGGCAAAAAUGGUUCAACCAGAUUUCCCACACAUUGCAACACCUUCAUGCACAUAAUAUUGUCUGGGGAGAUGCAAAACCGGGCAAUGUGCUCCUUGAUCCCAAUGGGGAUGCCUAUGUGGUUGACUUUGGAGGCGGGUAUACUCCGGGUUGUGUUGAGAAGGAGAUGGCUGGUACUAUUGCUGGAGAUCUUCAGGGACUUGAAAGUAUCAGGCGGUACCUCUUCGAAUGAAUUUCGGAGGGACUUGCUUUCCAAAUUGAUAUUGGCAGUGUUGUUUGCCCGCCACAAAUGGGUGCGCGAGAAAGAAUCGUUAAGACUGUGAUAUCCGGCUUUUACUUGUGAUUCUUGGGAGUGGUAUUAGCUUUUGG